GCGAUUGGACGGACUGUUCACGUGGUAUGCAUAUUUGGCGCCAUUUUUCACGGUCUUUCUGGUUUCUGGCGCGCAAAUCUUCUGUUGGGCGCCUUCGUACGUGUCUGGACAAGCUCAGGCGGGAAUAAUGUUCGUUCUCAAACGAGACAGCCGCAAGGAGCCCGUGCACUUCGAUAAGAUCACGUCGAGGAUUCACAAACUUUGCUAUGGACUCAACAUGGACUUCGUUGACCCUUGCUCUGUUGCUCAGAAGGUCAUUAAUGGAUUAUAUCCCGGAGUUACCACAGUUGAGCUGGAUAAUUUGGCAGCUGAAACUGCAGCCACCAUGACCACAAAGCACCCUGACUAUGCCAUUUUGGCUGCCCGAAUUGCAGUUUCCAAUCUGCACAAAGAGACCAAGAAAGUAUUUAGUGAGGUUGUGGAAGAUCUCUACAACAUGGUGAAUGAGCGCACGAGGUUGAGGUCGCCCAUGAUCAGUGACAGCGUGUACAAGAUUGUCAUGGACAAUGCUGAAGUUUUUAAUUCUGCCAUCAUAUAUGACAGAGAUUUUAGCUACAAUUACUUUGGAUUCAAGACAUUGGAAAGAUCUUAUCUGUUGAAGAUCAACGGAAAAGUUGUCGAACGCCCUCAGCACAUGCUGAUGCGAGUGGCUAUUGGAAUCCAUGGCACUGACGUGGAAGCUGCUCUCAACACGUACAACCUCAUGUCUGAGAAAUGGUUCACACACGCCUCACCAACGCUGUUCAACUCUGGCACCCCACGGCCACAACUUUCGAGCUGUUUCUUGCUGCAGAUGAAGGAAGACAGCAUAGAGGGCAUCUAUGACACCCUCAAGCAGUGCGCGCUCAUUUCCAAGUCUGCUGGUGGCAUAGGUGUCAACGUACACUGCAUCCGAGCCUCGGGGACCUACAUUGCCGGAACCAACGGCACAUCCAAUGGACUUGUGCCCAUGCUGCGGGUUUACAACAACACGGCUCGUUAUGUUGAUCAAGGAGGAAAUAAGAGGCCAGGAGCUUUUGCCAUGUACCUGGAGCCCUGGCACGCAGACAUCUUCGAGUUCCUUGAGCUGAAGAAGAACACGGGCAAAGAGGAAACUCGAGCUCGGGACUUGUUCUAUGCUCUCUGGAUCCCAGACCUGUUCAUGAAGCGCGUGGAGGAAGAUGGUGUCUGGUCGCUCAUGUGUCCCCAUGAAUGCCCCGGGCUGCACGAAGUUCAUAGUGACGAGUUCGACAAACUCUACGUGCAGUAUGAAACUGAGAAGCGUUACCGGCGGCAGGUACGUGCACAGCAACUGUGGUCUGCCAUCCUCGAGUCUCAGAUUGAGACGGGCACACCGUACAUGCUGUACAAGGAUGCCUGCAAUCGCAAAUCUAACCAGAAGAACCUGGGCACCAUCAAGUGCAGCAACCUCUGCACCGAGGUCGUCGAGUACACCUCUCCGGAUGAGGUGGCUGUCUGCAAUUUGGCAUCAAUUGCCUUAAACCGGUUUGUGAAGGACGGAAGCUUUGACUUUCAGAAGCUGCGAGAGGUUAGUCAGGUCGUCACACGGAAUCUCAACCGUAUCAUCGAUGUGAACUUCUACCCAAUUCCUGAGGCCGAGAGAUCCAACAUGAGGCAUCGUCCCAUCGGCAUCGGCGUCCAGGGCCUAGCGGAUUGCUUCAUCCUGCUUCGCCUGCCAUUCGACUCUGAGCCAGCAAUGCUGCUGAACCGACAGAUCUUUGAGACCAUCUACUAUGGAGCUCUUGAAGCAAGCUGUGAGCUUGCGCAAAAGGAUGGACCUUACGAAACUUAUAAAGGAUCACCGGUGUCUGAAGGGAUUCUUCAGUACGACAUGUGGGGUGUGACGCCGACAGAUCUGUGGGACUGGGCAGCACUCAAGGAAAAGAUUGCAAAGCACGGUGUCAGAAACAGCCUGCUUCUCGCUCCCAUGCCCACGGCUUCCACGGCACAGAUUCUGGGAAACAACGAGUCGAUAGAGGCCUACACGAGCAACAUCUACACGCGGCGUGUUCUGUCUGGAGAGUUUCAGGUCGUCAAUCAGCACCUUCUCAAAGACCUCACAGACAAGGGCCUGUGGAAUGAAAGCUUGAAGAAUGACCUCAUCGCCAACAAUGGCUCUGUUCAGAACUUGGACAUCCCUGAAGACCUGAAGGCUCUCUACCGCACUGUGUGGGAGAUUCCGCAAAAGAACGUGCUGCGAAUGGCCGCUGACCGUGGAGCUUACAUUGACCAAAGCCAGUCGCUUAACGUUCACAUAGCCCAGCCCAACUAUGCCAAGCUGACAAGCAUGCACUUCUAUGGCUGGAAAUUGGGCCUGAAGACUGGUAUGUACUACUUGAGGACGAAGCCAGCAGCCAAUGCAAUCCAGUUCACAGUAGACAAGACUGCACUCAAGAAGAAGCAACUCGAUGGCAUCGCCUGCUCGCUGAAAAAUAAGGACGAGUGUCUCAUGUGCAGUGCAUGAUCUUUAGGAGCUAUAUUGAGGUUCUGGAUUACCUCGUACCAUGGAACUUUACUUUUUUUAACUGCAUUGGAACAUUUUGUAAAUGCGUCAUGCACUUCACGCGUCUCGACAGUACUUGGCAAGUGCCUGCCAAAUAACGAUUUGUUCAUUUAGCAAGGUUCCUUUCAUGCAUCUUCCAAACGUUUUUCAUUUCGUGUAGUGCGUAACGUACACAGUCCAGGUGUGUUGCUCUCAUUGUGUUUGCACAUUUCUUUUCUGAGUUUUUACUAGGACAACCAUAAGCCAUUGCUGGGCAUUUAUCUCACUUGUUAUUGCAUUAUGACCGAAGUUUCUUUGGGCAUUCUUUGCAACUUUUUAAAAACAUUUGUCGCGCGACGUCUUCAUAGACAUCCCGGUUAUGUGAUAAGCCAUACACUGAAUAACAUUAGAGUUGAUGUAGGCAUUUUACUUGAGCCAAGUUUAGUUUUUCUUUUUUGUUGCCGUACAUAUAUAUAAUGCAGAAGGGAAAAGAAUGUUCUUAAAAGGCAAACGUUUUGAAAGCUGUGAUUGACAGUUCACGUCUUUUAAGUGUUCACUACAACAUUGUUCAUGAACACUUUAUCACUGCCUGUGCGCACUGCAACUGAGCUUUGUUGUGCAUUCAAGUAUGUCUUUUACACUUGCGUUCAAUAUCAUUAUGCACCAAAUGCCAUUUACAGGCAUUUUACUUGCUUACUUUUACCAUUUUUCAUUUU